GCAUCGAACAUCGGAAGUUGUUCAUCGGCAUGGUCAGCAAGAAGAUCGCCGAGAGCGACAUUCGGCUGAUGUUCUCUCCGUAUGGCGGAAUAGAAGAGUGCACCGUGCUUCGGGGGCCUGAUGGAGUCAGUAAAGGUUGUGCGUUUGUCACGUACGGAACUCGGCAGUGCGCUCUGAGCGCGAUAAAGAAUAUGCACCACUCGCAGACGAUGGAGGGCUGCUCUGCACCGAUGGUCGUCAAAUUUGCGGACACGCAGAAGGACAAGGAGCAGAAGAAGAUCCAGGAGCAGAUGGGAGGCAGCAUGUGGAGUCUGCCCGGCCUAGCGACCGUACCUCCGCAAUACUUGGCUUCCAACACGAUCCCAACACUGGCUAACUACGCAACGCUGCAUCAACUUGGCUCGCCCACGAUGGGUUCGCUAGGCGUUCACUCGCUCGCCGCACACCUUGGUAAUAACACAGCGGUCGGCUUGCAUGGUGCUAAUCUGGCAGGCCUGAGCGCACCGAUGAUGGCAGCGGCGGGCUCCACGGCGGGAGAUCUCGCUCCCUCACAGACCUACAGCUCUAGCAUGCACAACCUCGCAGCGCUGAUGGCAGCUAACAACCACCCUUUGAGUUCGAUAGGCAGUAUGCACCAGCUAGCAGCACUGAGUCCAUCCAUCGCAUAUUCACAAGGCUUCCAACACGAUCCCAACAUUGUCAUUGUCGUUAUGUUGCAGGUUUCCAACACGAUCCCAACAUUGUCAUUGCCAUUAUGUUGCAGGCUUCCAACAUGA